GCCCUGGUAUAUGUGUAUUCCUAAGUGUUGCCGGCCGUUCCUCAUCUCAAAUGCAGCCCUGCUUACAAACUUGUUCUAUUUUGCUAAUCGCCACCCACCGAUUCCAGGUGCCAUCAUGAGCAGUUUCCUAUAAAAGUGGCAGCUACCACCAUCCAAUAAUUACCACAAAAUGUCUUCUUCAAUACCAUCAGAAAUCACCGGAUUCACAGUGCCAGACCAGUCCAAAUGGGACCAGCCAGUGGUGCAAAAGUACCCUGCCAAAAAAAUGCUUGAGCACGAUGUGGUGAUCAAAGUCCAGGUAUGCUCAGUCUGUGGAACCGACCACCACACCACCUCCGGUGGAUGGGGCCCCACCAAGAGAAAGGACCAGGUGGUGGGUCACGAGAUUGUCGGUAAGGUGGUUGCUAAGGGUGACAAAGUUCCCUACAGCAUCGGAGAUUUGGUGGGGGUUGGGGCCCAAAGCAAUUCCUGUGGUCAGUGCUCUCUUUGCUUGAGCGACAACGAGCAAUACUGUACCAGGAGAGUGCAAACUUAUAAUUCCAUCGAUCCUUUCUCCGAUAACUAUGCCAACCAGGGAGGGUUUGCAUCGCACAUCAUCGUCAACCACAGAUUUGCAUUUAAAAUCCCCGACGGAUUGACACCCGAGGAGGCCGCUCCUUUGUUUUGUGCUGGGUUGACCGUCUAUUCCCCCUUGAUUAGGAACUUGCGUGGUAAGAAGUCCCCGAAGGUGGGAAUCGUGGGGAUUGGAGGUUUGGGCCAUUUGGCCCUUCAGUUUGCCAACAAAAUGGGUGCACACGUAGUGGCCAUCUCCCGGUCCUCGGCAAAGAAGGACGAUGCCUCCAAGCUCGGUGCCCACGAGUUUGUGGCAACAAAGGAACUGGAAAAUUGGCAUGAAGAACAUGCUCUGUCGUUUGACCUCAUUUUGAACUGCGCAACCAGCUUCUCAGACCUUGAUAUUCCAGCUUUCUUUAACGUCGUCAAGCCAGAUGGGAAGAUCAUCGGUGUGGGGUUGCCGGAUGCAGACGAGACCAUCACCUUGUCGGCCGUGGGAUUGACCUUGAGUGGAAAAUACAUUGGUGGGUCUGUAUUGGGAUCCCCACAAGAAGCCGUCGAAAUGUUGCAAUUUGCAGUCGAGCACAAUGUCCGUCCAUGGAUUGAAAUCAAGCCUUUGUCCAUAGCCAAUUACGCCGACAGCUUGACCCGGAUCAGCAAGAGUGACGCUCAUUACCGAUUGGUAUUGAAUAAUUUUGAAAGCUUUUUCAGUUAAGGUUUACCGAUAGUAGACAAUGCUCAUUGUUUUUUUCGCUAAGAUUUAGGGUCUCGUACUUGAUGCUAUUUUAGGUGGACUGUACUUCAUUGUUUGUACUUUAUUAAUAAACGUACUUUAUUAAUACACAUACUUGUAUACUUU